CUUAUCGAAGCGAGGUAAACAAAAUGCACCACAGCAAGUUGGAUUUCCCGACUUUUCCGCUUUCCUUGCUGGACGACAGCGAUCUAGAGCCGCAGAGAUGUUAUGUACCCGCGGGGGAAGACUCUACUGGAACAGAAUGGUGCCGUUGCCACCUUUGCGAUGGCAGCUACGCAGUUUGUUGGGUAACUCCGCGUGGAGGCAGUGAAACUUGUUGCUUCCUGGAUGGAAUUGUGACAUCCUUGACGCGGUUCUCCCCCACCAAUCAGCGGUUGGUGCUUCUGGAGCCACUUAAAUUAGUUUCCUGCCUGAAGACGAUUUCAUGCGUGGUUAUAGUCACCCAGGAGCUCCUCCAGCGACCUCUGGUUUCCCUGGAGGAUCUUAAGGACGAUGUGCGAGUGUUCCUGCGCCACCUGAAGCUUACCAAAGGAUGCUCCGUGCAGCACAGACGCCUUGUGCAGCUGGGCAUUGCCAGUGUGGAGAUAUUGGAUGCUCCAGAAGUGGCUGAUGACGAGUGUUUUGAAAUAGGCCGCGAUGCUGAACUACUCCUGGUGGACAUACGCCUGGAAACGCCCUUUCCUUUGGACUUUACCUCAAAGUAUCUGCCCCACAGCUUCGAGCAACCCAUGGAGCAAUUGGAGCAUCUUCUGGAAACCUCUAAAUGCAGCUUUUCGCAUAGAUUGCCUACUACAGCAGUGGUGGUGGGUCCGGUGGGCUGCGGAAAAAGUCGUCUACUCAGUGAGUUCCUGCGUCGUCACAACUGCAAUUGCUUUUACAUUACAGCCAGCCAGGUGCUGCGCUCAUAUCCCGGCGAAACCGAAGAGGAGUUAAGGAGGAUCUUUCAGGCUGCUCAGACUUUCAAGGAGCAACUACGUCCAUUAUUGCCAAUUGUAAUCCUCAUUGAGGAUCUGGAGCUGCUCUGCCCCUCUACGGCUGUCGCAGAUGCAAAAAACUCUAGCAAUAGCCUACGAGUUUCAGCUCAGCUCUACAAACUGCUAGACGCACUUCCUCGAGGCAUCAUAUGUCUGGCAACUUCUGGUGUCCCGGACUCUUUGCAUGAACACGCGCGCAGGCGGUUCGUCCGAAAUGUGUCCAUUGAUAUGCCCAGCGAAGGGCAGCGCAGACAACUCGUAGAUCAUAUUUGCCAAAUACACGAGCUGAAUAUCUCACAGACUUUACUCGAUCAUAUGGCGAGAAACACUCAGGGAUAUGUGAUAGCGGAUUUAACACUUCUCCUGCGCCGCGUUCAACAGCAACUCCUAACAAAAGACGACUUCGACAUUGAGAACAUUUUCCGCCAAUCCCUGCUACAAACUCAACCGAGUGCCUCUCGAUCCACAGAUGUGAGGGUCUCGAAGAUGACGGCUGGGUUUGAGGUUAUCGGAGGAAUGGAAGCACUGAAACGCACCUUGCAAGUCUCCGUUCUAGCGGGUCUAAGACAAAGUGCCGCUUUUGCCCGAUUCGGACUAAGUUUGCCAAAAGGAGUGCUGCUCUAUGGACCUCCAGGAUGUGCCAAGACCACCGUAGCCAAGUGCCUGGCCAAGGAAGCUGACAUGACCUUCAUUGCCACGUCGGCGGCGGAAGUGUAUUCUCCCUACGUCGGUUGCGCGGAAAGAUUUAUAUCGCGGAUCUUUGACACAGCACGAAAAAAUGCACCCUGUCUAAUAUUUCUGGAUGAGAUAGAUUCGCUUGUUGGCAGAAGGACGGUCUCAAGUGGCGGAGGUGGUGGACAAGUUCAGCUGAGGAUUCUUUCCACGCUUUUGACCGAAAUGGAUGGUAUUGUAGGGGGUGGAAGUCAGCAACAUAUACUGGUCGUUGCAGCCACCAAUCGUCCGGAUAUGAUCGAUGAUGCACUGCUGCGACCAGGGCGCUUUGACAAGCUUAUCCAUGUACCAGCCCCAGAUGAGAAAUCCCGCCUGGCUCUGCUAAAACUCCACUCCCAGCGAAUGCCUUUCCAUGAGAAUGUGGUCCUCGAGGAGAUUGCUACCCGUACCGACCGGUAUUCUGGAGCGGAUCUGUGUAAUCUGUGCAAUGAAGCGGCUAUCGAGGCUUUUCAGCGUGACUUUGAAGCCACGGAAAUUGAGCUGCAAGACUUUGAAAAAGUUCUGGUUAAGCAGAAAUCCUCGCUCACUCAAAGCCAAAUAGAUGGCUACUAUAAGUUUGCCUAUAGGUUUUUAUAGAACAAGAUGUAUCUGCAGUUGCAUUUGUUAGUUUUGCAUAAAUAAAUGUAUUUUAAGCUGUUAAA